UGGUUCCCCGACGGGUUGAUAAGGUCGGGCCAUGGUGGGGCAGAGGUUGCGAAGAUGGCGUGGCGAGGCUGGGCGCAGAAAGGCUGGGGCUGUGGUCUGGCAUGGGCUCCGCUCGGGGGCGGCCGCGGCUGCGAGGAGCUCAGUGCGGCCCUAAUCCCGCCGCAGCUGCUCGGACGCAGGUUUAACUUCUUUAUUCAGCAAAAAUGUGGAUUCAGAAAAGCACCCAGGAAGGUUGAACCUCGAAGAUCAGAACCAGGGACAUACAAGAGAAGUGCUUUGAUUCCUCCUGUGGAAGAAACAGUCUUUUAUCCUUCUCCGUAUCCUAUAAGGACUCUUGUGAAGCCUUUUUUUUUUACCAUUGGGUUUACAGGCUGUGCAUUUGGAUCAGCUGCUAUUUGGCAAUAUGAAUCACUGAAAUCCAGGGUCCAGAGUUAUUUUGAUGGUAUAAAAGCUGAUUGGUUGGAUAGCAUAAGACCUCAAAAAGAAGGAGACAUCAGAAAGGAGAUUAACAAGUGGUGGAAUAACCUAAGUGAUGGCCAGCGGACUGUGACAGGUAUCAUAGCAGCAAAUGUUCUUGUUUUCUGUUUAUGGAGGGUACCUUCUCUACAGCGAACAAUGAUCAGAUAUUUCACAUCCAACCCAGCCUCAAGGGUCCUUUGUUCUCCAAUGUUACUGUCAACAUUCAGUCAUUUCUCCUUAUUUCACAUGGCAGCAAAUAUGUAUGUUUUGUGGAGCUUCUCCUCCAGCAUAGUGAACAUUCUGGGUCGAGAGCAGUUCAUGGCAGUGUAUCUAUCAGCAGGUGUUAUUUCGAAUUUUGUCAGCUAUGUGUGUAAAGUUGCCACGGGAAGAUAUGGACCUUCACUAGGGGCAUCUGGUGCAAUCAUGACCAUCCUUGCAGCUGUCUGCACUAAGAUCCCAGAAGGGAGGCUUGCCAUUAUCUUCCUUCCGAUGUUCACGUUCACGGCAGGGAAUGCCCUAAAAGCCAUUAUUGCCAUGGAUACAGCGGGAAUGAUCCUGGGAUGGAAAUUUUUUGAUCAUGCAGCACAUCUUGGGGGAGCUCUCUUUGGAAUAUGGUAUAUUACGUAUGGUCAUGAACUGAUUUGGAAGAACAGGGAGCCUCUAGUGAAAAUCUGGCAUGAAAUGAGGACUAAUGGCCCCAAAAAAGGAGGUGGCUCUAAGUAAAACUGGGACUGGACAGUACCGAUGCAUCUGGCCUGUGCUGCCUGAGAGCCCGGGAACACGUCGGCCUGGAGUGACCACACCUGCGCUCCUACCUGGAAGAUGCCGGCAUCUGGCCUCCAGUGUUUUCAGCAGUGUCUCCUGGUCCAUGUCUUUUUAGAAAGUGAAUUAUGGCAAAGUUGUGAAAUAAAGGUUUAUAUCUCCAGUUUGUAAGCA